CUCCGCUUGCUCAUUCCCCCAACAAUCAACAACAACUUCAACUUGUUCUGCAUUUGGCUAGUCUGCUACUAAGAAGGAGAAUUAAGCAGAAGAUUAGAAAUACAAACACAUAUCGAUAUUCUCGAGAUGGGCCGAGCUCCAUGCUGUGACAAAGAGAACGUGAAGAGAGGUCCCUGGUCACCUGAAGAAGACGCGAAGCUCAAGGAUUAUAUUGAAGCAUUCGGCACUGGCAAUAACUGGAUCGCUCUUCCCCAGAAAAUUGGGUUGAAGAGGUGUGGGAAAAGUUGCAGAUUGAGAUGGUUGAAUUACUUGAGGCCUAAUAUCAAGCACGGAGGAUUCUCCGAGGAAGAAGACAACAUCAUAUGCAGCCUCUAUAUCAGUAUUGGAAGCAGGUGGUCUAUUAUUGCUGCUCAAUUGCCUGGAAGAACUGACAAUGAUAUUAAAAACUACUGGAACACCAAACUGAAGAAAAAGUUGCUCGGAAAGCGCAAAAACUUUAACAUGAAUUCCCCAUCCGCCUCUUCGAGUCAGGACACGAAACUUGCAGAUCCCGCAGAUGAUAAUUCCUUGAGCAACUCCGCGAUGGAAAGGCUUCAGCUCCACAUGCAGCUUCAGAACCUCCAGAACCCUUUUUCGGUGUUCAGUAAUCCUGCGGUUUGGCCUAAACUGAACCCUCUUCAAGAAAAGAUGAUGCAGACCCUUCAAUCUUUUAAUGACAACUCAAACCCUUUGUUUCAGCCUAUGACGAUUCCCCAGCCUGGCCAAGGCCAAUAUGAUCAACUCUAUGAACCGAAAUUAGAUCAGAUCAUUUCAACAGGCUUCGAGGUUCAGGACUCGUAUGUCGUCCAGAAAUCAGAUGGACAACAAUCGAACUUGGGAGUUCAAUCAGCGUCGACAUUCCAACCGGAGCUUGAUGAAUUUAUGAAUAACAACAAUGCAGUGGGAAUGGGCGAGUUUGAUUGUUUCAAGGAAAUAGAAGGUUCUAGAGAUAGCAUGAUGUGGUGGCCUAAUGAUCAGUUUGACACCAAUUCUGCAUCCUCCAAUUCUUGGGAUUCUGCAUCAACUCCUCAUCAGUCUGAUCAAGUAUACCAAGACUUUGCUUUGAGAUACAAUGUUUACUAGCGACUGAAUAAUUAGUUAACUUAAGAAGGAUCCGUAUAUGUUUAUUUGAAUGUCAUAAGGAGAAAGUAUAUGCUUAAAAUGUUAUAGACUCCGAUUAGAAUCGAGUUUUGUAAAUUUAUUUGAAUAAUAUAUGCUGUUUUUACCCUCA